AUACAGUUACUGAGUGGAAGCAUUCACGGCGAAGCUGGAUGCUGGCCGUCAUAAGGGUGUGAAUAACUCAUCAGUUAGGUAUUCAAAAUACUCCCAUUGAAGCGAGACACCAGUGCCCUUUCUUGUGCGUUGUUCAUGCCACUAUGUCUUAGUUUAUGCAGCCUGCUGUAUCCCGGUCAGGUCGAGGCUGUGGCGCUAGACGAGCUACUUAAGAACGGCUUACUGCUCACCAAACAGACGUCUGCUUAAAUCGAUCAAUAAAUAACUCCCUUUCUCUCUAUCGAUAUAAAUAAAGGAACCAAUUUGACAAUUGGGCAGGCGGCACUUAUCAGAAGAUCCCCAACCGUAACGACUCAACUAGCUCUACGGCUUAGCAUUUCCAUGCCUCGAAAGAACAAUAGUGCGACCGAGACGAAAGAUAUACCAUUAUCAAUUGAAAUGGGGCAAAAUGAAACCAAGAGCUAUUAUAAAGCAUCCAUUAGUGGCAUCAAACCAAGCGUGCCAGCCUCCAACUGGGGAUGGCCGGCCACUAACGCCGAUGCCAGUCUAUCAGAUGUUCCGCCGCCGACGAUGACAUUGUUCUUAGCAAUGUUUUUACGUCGAUUUUCCACCUUUAACUCUAAAAGAGAGUCUAUACCUAUCGCACGCAGUUCUUUACGCAAAAAUACGCCAAGUGGGAAAGAGGUUAAACGAGGCGGACUGAUCCAGCAAGUCGGGCGCAAAGAGGACCGUUCCAGCGAGCCAUACACAAUCACCUCUAGUAAUAGUGAAGAUUGUCAUAUGGGUACUGAUUCUGUCAAUUCAUUCCACGCCGCAGAAGCGCCUAUAAAUCCUACAAAGCCGAGGUACGGGCCAGCCAAUGCAUCACGGUACCUUGUACAGACACGAGACAGUCCCAGAAAAGAUGCGGAAAGCGUGGACCAUAUUGUCCCAGACAUACACGACAUGUUGCAAGACGAGACUAGCGAUAUAUCCAGCGAUGAAGAUACUGGAACAGAGGCACUAUGCAUUGAGUACCCUGGUUCUGUUCCACUCCAGCCAGGCUCUUUCGAUCCAUUCAGGUCAACACAGCGACGUCUAGAUGAUCGAGAGUGGGAAGAAUUCAUGAGUGGGUUUAAAAGAACCUCCUUUACGAAAUGUCCUGGGUCGACGCUUGCAUCUGAGGAGACCACUCUUAGUACACUAGCGACAAAAGGCCCCAGCAACAAACGUCCGUAUCCAGCUGUUGGACACAAAGGUCAACUGAAUCACAUUCCCUACCAAGACAAAAGGCAUCGUCGAUCAUACAUAGAUCGAGCAGCACAUGGUCGAGCAUCGUCCAAAUUAUUCGCAUGCCCGUUUUGCAAAUGGAAACCAUUAUUAUACACAAAAUGCCAAGGCCCUCUUUUAAGGGCGGUUCAUCGAGUCAAGCAGCAUCUUAGACGCCGGCAUCUGGUACCCAUCCACUGCCAGUCCUGUAAUACAGUAUUCAAAACCCAGAGCGAGCUUGGCGUGCAUGCCAGACAGCGUCCGCCAUGUGAAGUUCAGGAGCCUAUUUCGUGGGAAGGGUUGACCGCAAAACAAUUCGAGCAACUCGGCAAACGAGGCGACACAACAAAAUCUGAAGAGGAUCAAUGGUACGACGUUUUCAAGAUGCUAUUUCCUGGAUAUCCCUUACCAGACAGUCCGUAUAUAAAUUCCCUUCACUCGGAGCAGCUUAUUAAGCUAGAGGGCUUUGUCAAGGAUGAGUGGCCUAAACUCUUUGAUGAGCUGGCGGAUGUACAUAUACCGCCGGCUUUGAUGAAGGAGAAAGGAAUGAUGAGGUCAGUCACGGACAAUAUUUUGCAGCAUGCAAUCUCCAUUCUCUUCAAACGAUUUGACCAAACUUCGUCUAUGGAAAUUGCCACCUCACCAAGUUCAGGAAAGGAUAUUUUAAGAGAUUCAUCUGUCAUGUCUGAAUCACAGGCUCCCACGAGCACGGAGUGGCCCUCUUCCGAGAGUCUGUCGCAAUCGCAAGUCACCGACACUACCACUUCAGAUAUCCCGGCCCCAGUGCCAGCACUUCAAAGCUCAGUCCUUUGGCCAAGCACAUAUAAUAGAACUCCAAUCGAUUCGGAUCAGUCAACCCUCUCUCUCAAUACCAUAGCAACGGUACAAGAUGACCUUUGGGAGUAUCCUAUUGAACCUGUGAUGAAGCAGCCAGUUCUAACGAAUCAAACACAACCUUUAACAGAACAGUAUCCAUCAUUCCCGAAUACAGCGGAGCAGCCUCCUGCUCUGGACGACAUUGAUGCAUUUGUCUCUUACUUGGCAACCUUACCAAAUGAUGAGUACGAUCGAUAUCUGACCGAGGUUACAACAUUAGGAGGGUUUACUUGACGGAAACCAAUUCAAAUUUUCUUUAUAUAGAAUAUAUGCUGUCAGUAACAUAAUUAUUCGUACCACGUAAAGUAAUCCGCGACACCCAUUUCUUUUUUUCUGGUACCAUGGUAAAGACGUGGGAAAAUAAAAAACUAAAAUUGGGAAAUAGGUUUCAAAAUUUUGCUUUCUUUACUAAAUUUGCAUUCUGGACUUGCUUUUGCUUUAAUUGAAUUUUGCUUUUUACAGACAUGAGAGGAAUGCUAAAGAGUCAUGUUAAACGCAGAAUGGCGGCCUACAGUGGGCCACUUUAGCGGUAGUGGCUCUAUAGAUAUAGCGGUGUUGUAAAACGCGUCCCUAGAAUCUAACAUUUACACAUUGCCAUUUCACAUGGAUCCGGUUAGCUAUAAAAGGCAAAAAUCAAGAAAGCAGACAUGAGCGAUUCUAUGUGCCACAUCGUUACCAAACAAUAAAAAUACCCCUGCGGCGCAGCGGCAGCAGAGAAUGCAAUUGUUUCAUCUUGCCCCUUCAGGGUAGUCAAUGGUUGGCUGUCAACUGUAG